AUGGUUAGCAUUGUUCUUUUGUUCGGGAUGAUGGACUUCAACACCCGAAGCCUCGCACCCUACGCACAGUUGAAACGGCGUACCGGUGCGCUAUUCGAGGAAUCCAUGACGAUGAAUUAUCUAGAUUCACUUGGUAUCACCAACAUCAUCCGUUCAAUCUGUGCAAAACACUUUGCUGUUCUAGCUACUACAUUAGCUGCCUUGAUCACCUCGUUCAUGGUCAUCGUCACGAGCGGCUUGUACUCUGCAAUCGAGGUCCCCCUCCAAAUUAGUAUAAAUUUCACCCAAGAAACGAUUUUUUACAAAGGCAAUUCAGCAAACGCUGAUCAAACCUCCAGCAUGGUUGCCAAAGAAAUUCUUCAGAAAAAUUUGACUUUUCCCCGCUGGACCUACGAUGAGCUUGCAUUCCCCGAGCUUUCCAUGGACAUCCCCUUGUGCAGCAAUGAGACAGAUAAUCUGUUCGUAAACAUCCGGAUGCCUGCCUUGAGAGCCGCUCCCGCCUGUUAUUUCCAAACGGGCAGUCAACUGCAGUGGAAUUCCACCAAGGUCAGGUAUGGCAAGGAGUCAAUCUACCAACUCCAGGUUCUCGCACCCAGAUCGACUUCUUCGACUUCUUCACCGGUUUUUCUCGGAUCUCAAGGCCUUUUCGGCCAAUCAAGCAUGCUCCCAUACGGCAAAGGCAACAGCUACAGUGCCAAACCCGCAACCUUGUAUAUCUGGGGAAACAUCCAGAACGAUUCCGCAAAUAUAAGUGCUAUGACUUGUAUUGAAGCUGCUGAAACAGUCGACACCCUCACACGAUUCCAGCUGCCUGGCUUUGACAUCACCGAUGACCAUCCCCCAGUCCCUGACGAGUCAUCUGCGAGAUCAGCCCCGGAUGUUGAUGUCCCGUGGAUCAGUUGGAACAAUUUCAGCGCCACAGAUGCUACAGAAAAGCACCCAAACCUGGAUAAAUUCUUCACAGCGCUGAUUAUGGGAAAAGAUGCGAUCACAGCGGAAAGUGUCUUGAACCCAAACUUCAGCGAUACGGUCAUCAAGGCAAUCAACCGCCAGGAUAGGAUUCUCAAAGCACAGGUAUUUAACAACCACUCUCGCAGUGCCGCAUACAGCACGCUGGACCAUGCCUCUCUGCCCGGUAACAUCACGGUGCCGAACCGACUGCGUCUAAUGCAAGACGCAGCGUCAACACGCGUUCUUGAAGCCCUUCUCGCUUCUAUCCUCGUGCUAGGUAUCAUCGGUUCCAUUCUCAUGAACACGGAUCACGUCUUGCCAAAGAGCCCGUCCAGCAUUGCCGGCGUCGCGAGUAUUCUUUCAGACUCAAAUAUCCUCGCUCGAUACGAGACCGCCGUGGGUGAUCCGAAUGAAGGCAAGCAGCCGUGA